AUGGAUACAUACUGUGCAUACGCUAACGAGUAUAAACAGUUGCGGAAUCCAAGUCUCUCGGGGUAUCCCUACGGCAAGACUUUCAACAAUCAACCUGAGCUCCGCAAGCACCUCUACAACGAGCACACUGAAACCACCGAUUCAAUCACUACGCAGCCCAGGCCACAGGCUGACAUGGAUUACGGGGGAGUCAAGGAUAUCAAGGCUGGACAGGAGAUGCCCCGGUGCAAGGGCUUGUGUCCUCACUCCACAGCCGCCGCCGACAAGAACUCGUUGCGACUUCUGAGAGUCCAUUGCCCAAGAACUCGAUGA